GGAUUUUCUGACUACAAGACCAAUUUUCAAUGGCAUAAUUCAUUUAAAAGUCAAAGUUUCAAGCCUACAAUAGAACAAAUGAUGUUUCCUGCUGGACAACAUUCAGCAUUUUCAAACAGUUCUUAAAUUGAUGUGAAUUAAUACAACGAUUUUCAUACUGAGCUAUAUCCUAAAAAGAUUUACAGAAUAAGCCUACUUUGAAGUUCAGUUCAUUAUAAUAAAAUUCUUUUAAAGAAGACUUAACAGCCAAUAUGGAAACUGGAACAGACACAGUUGCAGAACCUCCUUUGCAACACAAGAAACGAGUUGAUGGAAUUCCAACCUCACUUUCCACUCAAUUUUUUACAGUACCGACUAGAACACAGGAAGUUAGUGAACCUGCACUUCAGCAUAAGAAAAGAUUAGAAGGCCAACCAACAUCACUGUCAUCUGAUUUCUUUUCUACUACACCACAAGCGCCUGAAUUUCAGCUUCUAGGGCAACAAGAAAAAUUUGCAUCUAAUGUUUGUUACAAGCCAAAGCUUUCCUAUUCUGAAGAAAAGAUUUACAAGAAUAGAGAAAAUUUGGACCGUGAUGCUCCUCCAAACAAGCAGCUUAAAAUGCAGAAAAGAAUAAAACCACUUAUAAAGGAACGUCAUCCACCAAUAAACAGAUCACCUCCCAGAAAGUCAAAUGUGCAGCAGAUGCCUAUAGAUUCACCUCCACCUGCACCCAGAGGUCACAGAGACAACCUUGAGCUUAAGGAAGCCAUGAAAGAUAAAGACUUGAAAGACAUUCUAGGUGAAGGACAAGCAGGAAAAAAAAUAUCUGAAUCAGCCCCUUCAGAGAAAAAAGUAUCCAAUGAGCCAAAAUCAUCAGAACAAGGUAGUGGAGCUAAGACACUGAAUGAGGAGGGUAAAGAGAAUAGAAAAGUUGAGCAAAUGAAAGUUAACAAAGCUGUUGUUAAGCAAGAUCCUACUUCUAAGGAUUUUAAAGUGACUAAAAAGAGUGACGCUCUAAAAGACUAUGACAGUGAUAACCAAGCUGUAGAUAGCAAGCAGAGAAAACAUCUUUCAGUGAUGAAUGAAGCAGUGCAGACAAAUUUAAAGAGAGGGGUUGCUGUGGCUACUCCUGAAGCUCCAGCUGGCUAUGCCUUACAGUACAAGGCAGGUGUGGCGCCACCUAGACCAGUGCAAAAAGUUUCAGAAUAUCAGAAACAAUUUCAGUGGAAACAAGGACUGAAGGAGUCACCACUACUAGCAGCAGAACAGGUUGUUUAUAAAAGUCAAGCUGACCUAGGGCCUUAUAAAUCUGAUGGAGUUCCAAGAAUCUCUGAAUACGCUCGCCACUUCCAGGCGAAGAAACCUUUUGAUGUUCAUGUGGAUGCCAAUCUUAAUGUUAACAAUAGCAAUGUGACCAAACAGACCAGCAAGAACAAUAAGACCACAAAGCUCACUGCCCAGAAGCGAAGAAGCAAAAGUGCAGGAGCACUCCAGGACAGUGAUCUGGAUGAACAUCUUGUGGAAGACAAAGAAGUCAGAAAGUCAGACUCAAAAGAGCUGAUAGAAAAACUGAAAGCUACACAUGGGAAAAUAAAAAGGCGUGCAGCCACAGAAUACAGAUCUAAUUUUAAAGCCCCCUCAAGAUAUAGCUAUGAAAAUGGAGCAUGGAAAGGGGCAUUUCCUCCACAGCUUAUACCACAAGUUACUAGUGAUGAUGAUAGUUUGAAGACAAGAAACAGCAAUGCCAAUGAUAAUAACAAUGCCAAUGAAAGUGUACCAGUGUCUAACUGGUAUGCAGAAGUACUAGAGCUACGUCGCAGGGCUGAGGAAUAUCGUAGACGGGCCCAAGGUACACACUUCUCACGGGAGCACUUGGUACAGCUGUUAGCAAAACAAGCUGAAUGCUGGGAUACAUGCUCUGAAGCCUCAUAUGCCAUUGAUGCCUUAAAUCUUGAAACUCCAUAUACCAGAAAGAAAAUCGAGCCAGCUCUUGCACAAAAGGAGAACACUUCCCAGGAUGAUGCUGAUGAUGAUACUGAUGAUGCAGCCUCAGCUUUAACUGUAGAAGGGGAUGUUGUUCCUAAGAAGACAGAAAAGAAAAGUGCUCAAGCUUCUAAAGGGACAUCGCAUUUAAGCAGAAAAAUGGAAUGGCUGAAAAGACAGAAGAGAAGCUUGGCAGAGCAGAGAAGGAAGUUGCAAGAAGAAUUGGCUAGACCACCUGAUGAUGACUCUGAGGAUGAGGUAACAGAAGGGAGACUACCUACACCCCUCUUGAGAAAGCAAACAUUCUCUCCUGUCAGGAGGCACCAUUUGGACAGAACAACCCCUAGUGUAGGAGGAGCCAUUUUGACUUGCCCACCUACCAGAACUAGCAAAAUAAUUGUGACAUCAAGAUCAGGAGACAGUUAUGUGACUGCGUCUGAUGAGAUGCCAGUUAGGAUACAAGCCAAAUCAUAUGAUGUGAGCAAGCUAGCAACUUUACCUACAUUAGGCCGACCAUCAGAUGACACCCAUCCACUAAGAGAUGACAUGGCAGAGUCAGACAAGCCUCUAAAAACUCAGUAUAUUGUUUCACCUCCCUUGCCUUUGGAUGAAGUAGAAACAGAGGAAGAUGACAAAGAGAAUGCUCCCAAGCCAGCUAAUGCUAGAGAUAGACGUCCUAGGCCAAGCAUGCUGGGUACUGUCAAAGAAGGGUUUGGUGAAACUUUUAUCACACGUUCACCUGAAGCUUCAAGAAGACGUGUCCAGAAAGAUGAUCAAGACUUUCUGUCUGAGUCUCUCUCCUCAGUGGCUUCCAGUGGUUCUCGAGCUUCAGAGGUUCUUGAAAGAUCAAAACAACGCCAGAAGUUUUGGACCAAAACCAGUGGGCACCAUUAAAACAACUCAUACAAGUCAAAAUAUAAUCUUUUGUCAGGCUACUAAAUUAUUUCAAAAAGUUAUUUCUUUUUUUUUAUUUAUAUUACACAUUUAGCAUUAUUCAGACUUGUAUAUGUGAUGUGAAUGUAAUUAGAUUUGUACUUCUUUCCUUAAGUAUUAUUUGAAAUCGGAGGGUUAGGUGACAGCAGAUAAAAUUAUUGUUUGUGUAAAUAUCUUAUUAGAAAAUUUACCCUCACAUAUUAUAUGUUUAACCCUCUAAUGCUCAAAUUUGUUUACAAUUAUCACAUCAUUUAUUUUAUAAAUGAGUACAAGUGGUAACAAUUUUAUGACACUACUAAACAUGUGAGACUUAUUAAGAUAAGGUGAUUUUUAGAAAAACAUUAGAUUAAGGAACAUUUAUUUUUAAGUGAAAUUGCUUUAACUAAUGACUAAAAAUAGUUUGAUGAACAAACUUUAAAUUAUAAGGUAAAUAUAAAAAUCUGUUAUAAAAAUUAUACAUAAUGGUGAUUGAUUACCAGAGCUAUAUCCAGUU